GUAGUACUCGGAUGUUUCUGUAUUACCAAAUAGCCUUCCCCCUGCGAAGACAAUUAAAAUAAUUAAAAACACCAGAGACAAUCAGAACUUAACAGACGAAAAUAUUUGUUCCACUCGUUGAAGACAUUUUGUCCUGACGGAUAUGUCAAUCUCUUUUGCAUUUUUUCGGUGCAUGGGCCGGAAAUACCAGACUUCAAUCAAUUAUUGAAUAUUCAUGGUACCGGAUGCACAAUUUCAAUUAUGAAUAUUUAUUGUUGUUUAUUAUUACUUCGGGACUCGGUGUUGUUUCAAUUGUGUGACGCCAUGUUCUAGUGACCACUCGACCACGUGGUGAUUAUUUUACGUUUAUUUUUCUGGUGGCAUCAGGCGAAUUUAUUGAUUUUAUUUAUCAUGGAGUGAUUCGUGAGACGUUGGUAGAACUGUUUUAAUGGUUUUUCAAAAUAUCGAGAUGAGGAAUCCUGGAUUCCUCCUGGAGGAUCCUCGGCAUGGAUAUGCACAGUAUAUCAGUUUGAGCGAGUGUUAUUUUGCGGGAAAAGGAGCAGCACUGAUACUACCACCGACUGAGCGAGCAAGACCAUCAAGAAGAGUAUCAGCAGCAGGAUGCGAUAUUCAACAGCAUCUCCAGUCUAUGUUCUGGCUGCUGAGACCAGAAGAGACCCUCAAAAUGGCUGUUAAAUUGGAAUCAGUUCAUCCGGGAAGAACGCGUUACCUAGUGGUUGUUUCAUGCAAUGGUAACCAGGAUGCAGAGGAGAGCUGCCUCCUUGGUAUUGAUUGUCAUGCACAGGCGACCGUUGGUCUCGUUCUACGAGUGCUCGCCGACACGGCUAUAACCCUCGACGGUGACGGGGGAUUCAGCGUCAGUGUAUGCGGACGACAGCACAUCUUUAAACCCGUCUCGGUGCAGGCUAUGUGGUCAGCACUGCAGACACUUCACAAAGUAUCGAGCAAAGCGAGGGAGCAGAAUUAUUUUGCUGGUGGUUUGUCACACGAUUGGGUCAGCUACUAUGAGAAACGCAUUGCAAGUGAUCGCUCGUGUCUCAACGAGUGGAAUGCUAUGGAUAAUCUUGAGUCGAGAAGGCCACCAUCGCCCGACAGUGUUCGCACCAAACCUAGGGAACGCGAGGAGACUGAGCGUGUCAUUCGUGCAACACUCAAAGAGAUAAUGAUGUCGGUGGAUCUUGAUGAAGUGACAUCCAAGUACAUACGGGGAAGACUUGAAGAGCAGUUGGACAUGGAUCUUGUUGAGUUUAAGCCAUUUAUCGAUCAAGAGAUGCUGAUUAUUCUUGGCCAGAUGGACGCACCCACCGAGAUAUUCGAUCACGUAUACCUGGGUAGCGAGUGGAAUGCCAGUAAUCUCGAGGAAUUGCAGAAGAAUGGAGUCCGUCACAUCCUCAAUGUAACACGAGAGAUUGACAACUUCUUUCCUGGAAUGUUUAACUACCUCAAUGUACGUGUAUACGACGACGAGAAGACAGAUCUGCUGAAGCACUGGGACGACACAUUCAAGUACAUCACGAAAGCGAGAAAAGAGGGCUCGAAAGUUCUGGUCCACUGCAAAAUGGGGGUUUCGCGUUCAGCAUCAGUGGUAAUAGCCUACGCCAUGAAGGCCUACAACUGGGAUUUCUCCCAGGCGUUGAAGCACGUUAAAAACAGGCGCAACUGCAUCAAACCCAAUUCGUCGUUUCUAUCCCAGUUGGAGACGUAUCAGGGAAUUCUUGAUGCCAUGAAGAACAAGGAGAGACUUCAGCGAUCCAAGUCGGACACAAAUUUGAAGUCACCCACACGGCUACACAGAUCGAAAACUAAUCCAGACGAUGACAAAACAGUGCAUCCCAGCUUGACGUCUUCCUCAGGGACGUAUCUGAAGAAACGAGGCCAGAGGCCGAAGAGUUGGGAGCCACAGGUCGAGCUCCAGGAUAUUCUUCCAGCAGUUCCUCUCUCACAGUCUUUGGAGAACAUUGAAAAAGCAUCUGGAGUCUCCAGGGAGGACCUUCUGAGGCCCCAGAGUAGCCAGAAACAGGGGAAUGUUCUCUGUCUGAUUCCCUGCACCAAUGGCCAGUCGUACAGCGUAUCACAGAACCAAAUAGUUCAUCUGGAGGGCUCGGAGACACCUACCACUGCCUCGAAAACACCCAAAAAAUUCACCUAUCCCUUGAAGAAAUCACCACAGGGGCAAAAACGCCGAGGACUUGUUCUCAACCUGACGAAUCAGUUCGAGGCAGCUGGCAGCAAGCCAGGAACUCCUGAGGAUGCUCAGUUAUCCCCAGAGCUCGAGCAAAAGCAUAUUCAGAGAAAUGAUAAAGAAAAUGCCCUGAAAAAUUCGCUGAACGAGGAGAAAACAGCGAAAGCUCUUCAGGGUAAUGAGGGAUGUUAUCUACGAGGGGUGGAUGACACCAGGAAGCUGGAUGUGUCCCAGAAGUGGUCUCACACACCCAGGAAAUCAUCGAAAGCCGACAAAUCGCCGACUCCAUCGAAGCAGAAGCAAGAGCACAAGGAGAGAAUUGAGAAUAACUCGGAGAAACCUCAGAAGAGGAAAUUGAAGAAGGAGGAUCCCUUCUCGGCUCACGUCGACAAAGUAUUUGACAGAGAGGAGAGACGAGAGCCACCGAGGGACUCACCGAGUCGCCAGAGCUCCUGGAGCUCUUAUGAUUCAGCUGUUGGUCUUGAUACGAGUGUUCACACGUCCUGGGGGACAUUGCCAUCGAGAAACAGCUCGUGGGGAUCUUAUGACAUGAGGGGAGAGCCCAGGGAUCCUCUGGGAUCUAGUGGAUUAUUUCCGUAUGACAGGGAGGAGAUACCCUGGCAUCCGGGAACUGUCAAGAGGACGAAACAGAAAUUGGAGGAGGGAAAUGUCAAAAGAGUUUGCACACAGGUGGAGGAUGAUAAGAGGGAUGAGUCGACGACUGAUGGCCUACAGGAGGAUAUCCUGGGGUUCAGAACGUCACCGACACCCAGGAGACGUGGAGAGAUGAAGGGGGAGUCGAGGGGGAUCGAGAUCAGGGAGAGAAAUCAUCAGGUGGACAGAUUAUCCACCUCAGCACCUGUUCCCUCGUCACUUCUCGACCACAAUGGCCUUGGGAAUGCCCUGAGGACGUGUCGAUCUGAGAGUGAGACCUCAAAUCAGGUUGUUGACACCACCCAGUGUCCAUCUGUUAAGCACCACAAAAUGAUUCUCGAGAAUCUGAGUAAAACCAAGAGAUUUUUCCCUGGGGAGGAGUCACCUGAGGUCAUCUCAUCGUCAUCGUCGUCGUCAUCGUCAGAGGGACAUCGGGGAAUUCCGGGAAUUGUUAAGAAUCUCAAGAAGGAGUUUGAGGCGAAAUCCACGAGAUUUGAGAGGUCACCGGAGGGUAAUGACGAGGAGAAGUGGCCCAGGAAGGAGAAGACGAAAGUCCGUAGUCUUCCAUCGUCACCAGUUAUCGCUCACAAUGAUGGUAAGAUCAGGGGUAAGGAGGAGGAGAGGGAUGGAAAAGUACUCAAGAGUAAUGAGGAUCUCUCGGUGAGGGUACUCGUUGAUAAGUAUGAAAAACCUGGUGUGAAGAUGAGGGGUAAUGUUCAUCCACCUGCUAAGAGUAGAAUUGCAACACAGGAGUUUGCCAGGAGAUCUGCUCCUGUUAUGAUGGCAACUGGAUUUAUGGAGGAGGGGGAUAGGGGUAGACCACCUGUUGGAUGUCAGGGGGUCAUCGCCACGGUUGUGGCCAAGGCUGCCAGUAAAAAGCAGCAGCAGCAUGGGAGGACUCAUCCACUCACUAGGCUGCAGGUCAGGCCUAGGCUGGGGCCUCUCUAUAAUACUAUGUAGAUGGGGCGGGGAGGGAGGUGAGGGGGAGGUAAACCUCUUGGGUCACCCUUUGGUCCCGGGUUUAUCGGAAUUUAUAAUGAGAGAAUCUUCCAAACCCCUGACUCUACUAUUUCUAGAUUUGUUUUUUUUAUUCAUGCACCAGCCGCUCGAGGGUAAUCCAUCGAUUUUUCGGCGAAUAUCUUCGGAUGUGGGGGAGAUAGCGAAAUUUUUGUCUGGAGGUAUUUUGGAGAGGGAAAUUGCACCUGCAAAAAAUGUCUCCAGGAAAAUUUUGAUUGCUCUCUUUGUUUUGGAGAUAUUUCGUUAGAUCGGUUUGUUACACUUUAACGAUUUGUGGGUGAAUUUUGGAGGGUCUUCUUGAGAACGGGGGACUUACUGUUUGUGUGAUCUCUUCAGCGCCAUUUUAAAAUGCACGAAUACUCAAGUAUGGGCGUCCAUACGCUAGGUAAUUAGUACAAUUAAUGGUUCAGUCUCUCCCAGGUAAAGUCAGGGAAUCGAAAGAAAAAUUCGUCUGGUGUAUGGACUGGGGAGGAGUCGCUUUCGCUUACGAUUUUUUUUUUUCACGAUUUUAUUGAUCUUUUACUGUUCAUCGAGUCUCGUUUUCAAGUGAAGUAAUUAGUUGGCAAUCGUUGGGUUUUCGUGUCGAUAAAAAUUGGAAUAAUUCGUGAGCACUCGGUCAGGCUGUGAACGAUACGUCUGGGGCUCGCACCAUGUGAUCAAAAACUCUUAAUGUUUUCAUUGUCCCGAUAAAUUAGUGGAAUAAAUCGAAUGAGACUCGGAUGAAGGGGAAAAGUCAGUGGGGAAUCGGAAAAAUAUUGGGUUAUUUAUAGGGAAUAAUAAUUGUGAUCAGAGGCACUUGGAAGUGCUCGUGCGAGCAUAUGUUUAGUCUUUUUUUUUUUCAAUUCUUUUUAAGCUUCAGAAAAUAAAUGAGUGAUCGAUGGAUUUACGUGUAAAUAGGAGCGAAUGUGAUUGUUAUCACCUACUCUUUGUACUCCUUAGGUUAAUUAUGAUUGUCGUGGAAAAAUGGCUUUCGUGUUGAUAAAAAGUUGUAUAGAUGUCUGUAGCAAAGAGUGAACGAGAAAAUGCUUAGUCGAUUUUGAACAUGACAAUUUAUUUUUUUUUUCUUAGAGAAAUUUCAUACGACGUACAAUCUUUCCUAAUAGGAGGUGAAGGAAUAUUUUUCGAUGACAUAUCAGAUUCCUUUUCUUUUUGACGAGGAAAA